GACGGCCUGCUCUUGUCAUGUUUAUCUCACUUCGGUUUCAUCUCAAUUUGAUUUAUAUUCUGCAUAUGGUCCACUAAGACGCGUAUUAUUUUCUACCCUAUAAAGUGCACAAAGGAAGGGAGUAGCGCGUCGUUUAAGGCUCAGCCAAGAUAAGUUGAUCUUUCGGCUAGGUUAGCCUCGUACCAUUUAGCUUUGCGUUGUCACUGAGAGCUUGCUCUGUGCACUUUAAUGAAUCUAUGGACCUUUUCUUGAACAGCUGAUAUCUAAAUCUUGGCCUUCAGAUAAAGCAAGAUAGAACUAGAUUUAUUUUACCAAAUCAUUUUCUUCGAGACUUUUAGGAAGCUAAGAUUGAAUGGUAUGCUGGUUGGCUGGUUAGCGUAGCAUUUCAGUAUUAGCUAGUCCUUAGCUAGCUGAUUCAGCGAACCAAAAAUAAAACGAAGCAGGAGAACAUGUCCUGUGCAUGCACUUCAGCAGCACGACUGCUCAUCAGUUCAGCCCAUAAAGGGUUCUCAGGCUCCAGAGUUCAACUGCUCUCCUUGAGCCGACCAGCAACUCACGAAAUCCGUCUGUCCCGAAGUGUUCCUGUCAGACCAUUCUCAGAGUCUUCUGUGUAUUAUGCAUCUAAAGACGGAAUCAAAGAUGGCGACGGCGGGAAGAAAUCUGUGAGUGAAGGGAGUGGCAAAAGAUCCAGCUCUGGCAACUCUGGGAAAGGCGGCGGUCAGCUUCGUUGCCCCAAAUGCGGAGAUCCUUGCACACACGUUGAAACAUUUGUUUCCUCAACUAGAUUUGUCAAAUGUGAAAAAUGUCAUCACUUUUUCGUGGUGCUUUCUGAAACGGACACUAAGAAGAGUCUGAAUAAAGAUCCUGAAUCAGCUGCUGAAGCUGUGAAGCUGGCCUUCCAACAGAAACCACCACCACCCCCCAAGAAGAUCUACGCUUACCUUGACAAAUAUGUUGUGGGUCAGGCCCAUGCAAAGAAGGUGCUCUCGGUGGCUGUGUACAACCACUACAAGCGCAUCUAUAACAACAUGCCCUCCGGCUCCAGACAGCACCAAGCAGAGAUGGAGAAACAGGUCUCUCUCACACCCAGAGAGCUAGAGCUAAGACGUCGGGAGGAUGAGUACAGAUUCACAAAACUGCUGCAGAUUGCAGGGAUCAGCCCCCAUGGGAAUGCUUUAGGAGCCUCCAUGCAGCAGCAGGUGAACCAGCAGGCCCCUCAGGAAAGAAGAGGUGGUGAUGUGCUUGACUCCACCCACACUGACAUCAAGCUGGAGAAGAGCAACAUCGUAUUGCUGGGCCCCACAGGCUCUGGGAAAACGCUUUUGGCGCAAACUCUGGCUAAGUGCCUGGAUGUCCCUUUUGCGAUCUGCGACUGCACUACCCUCACGCAGGCCGGUUACGUGGGCGAGGACAUUGAGUCGGUCAUCGCUAAGCUACUGCAGGAUGCCAACUAUGUUAUUGAGAAGGCUCAACAGGGCAUUGUUUUCUUGGAUGAAGUUGAUAAAAUUGGCAGUGUGCCUGGGAUCCAUCAGUUAAGAGAUGUGGGUGGAGAAGGUGUGCAGCAGGGUUUACUUAAACUCCUGGAAGGCACCAUUGUAAACGUUCCUGAAAAAAACACCCGGAAGUUGAGAGGAGAGACUGUGCAGGUCGACACUACGAACAUAUUAUUUGUAGCAUCUGGUGCUUUCAAUGGACUGGAUCGUAUAAUUAGCAGACGAAAAAAUGAGAAGUACCUUGGCUUUGGAGCACCAUCUAGCCUGGGUAAAGGCCGCAGGGCAGCUGCUGCAGCCGAUGUGGCCCACAUGACUGGUGGAGAGGCGGAUGCUGUGGCUGAGAUUGAGGAGAAAGACCGGCUUCUGAAGCAUGUGGAAGCACGUGACCUCAUCGAGUUCGGCAUGAUCCCUGAGUUUGUGGGCCGCCUUCCUGUAGUGGUGCCGCUCCACAGCCUAGAUGAGGACACGCUUGUCCGCAUCCUGACUGAACCCCGAAACGCCGUCGUGCCCCAGUACCAAGCGCUCUUCAGCAUGGACAAGUGUGACCUUUCUGUGACCCCUAACGCUCUACGGGCUAUUGCUAGAAUGGCACUUGAACGGAAGACCGGAGCCCGAGGACUUCGAUCGAUAAUGGAGAACCUUCUAUUGGACCCCAUGUUUGAAGUCCCUCACUCAGACAUCGUAGGCGUGGAAGUAAACGAGGAUGUGGUAUCGGGAAAGACAUCACCUCAGUAUAUCAGAGCCCCAGCUAAAGAGACAGCAGAGGAGGAGUACGACUCAGGAAUAGAAGAUGAGAACUGGACCAGGUUGCAGGUUGAUGCAGCCAAGAAUUAAGACAAUCAAAGUAAUUUUUCUGCUCUUAAUGGUGACCUGUUUCAGUCUAUUAAAUGAUUAUUUGACCCACAAGUACUUCCCAGGGCUCAUGUACAAACACACACACACACACACACUGAGUCCUAAACAACCUGUCCUAAUUUGUAAACUGUAAAUGACAUUGUGGUAUAUUGCAUAUAUCCUGAAUUUUGUGAAGACAGUUGUGUUAAAGAGAACUGUACAGUAUUAACAACGCCUCAGAGUGAUCGUUAAUAUUAAAUGUAAAGAAAAGAAAGAAAUAGUUUUAUUCCUUACCAAAUGAAUUACAUGUUAGAUUUUUAUGAGCUCUUUUUUGAACCUGAGAGUUAUAAAGAUUAAUAUCAUAAGUUUCGCUUCAAAAGCAAAAUCCACAACCCGUCAUGCAACAGUGUAAUUAUGCUGGUUAUCAGCCAAGGUUCUCAUCAGCUGUACAUGUCCUUUCACAGUGUUAGAUGGUUCUUUUAUAGGAAAUCUAGGCUCUGUUUUUGUGGUGCCCCAGGUGAGCUGCUUGUAAUGAGUUUUUACAGUUCUCUCUCUCUCUCUCUCUCUCUCUCUCUCUCUCUCUCUCUCUCUCUCUCUCUCUCUCUGCUGCUGUCGCUGUUAAUCGAGCUGUAGUGUUUUUGUGCAUGGAUUUAAUUUCAUUGAUGAUGGACAUACAAACCAAAGGUGGUCAUUUGAAAUGGAAUGUAGGUAGUGUCUCCUUGCUGUAACUCCACACAUGUCCUGCUUGCUUGUGUGUAUAAUCCACAACUUUAAUUAGAGCCUUAUAUCACUUUCUUUCUCAGAACCGUUUGGUGCAGCAGCAGCACAUUAAUUUCGUUACAAGUGGAAUUACUGAGCUUUAUAAUGUAUAUUUUUUUUCUUUUUUUAUUUGAAUGAAAGAUUGAUAGCCUUCAGAUUAAACUAUCUUGGAUGCUUUAUAUUGUAUAAAUUACAGCUCAUUUAUUUGAUCUUAUUUCGAUAUUUCAAAAUCUAAUGCUUGUGAAUUUUCUAGUGCAAGCAGAAGGGAGUAACGAGGCCAGCUUAUAUUAACCAUUUCAUGUGUGAAACCGGAAACGGUCAGGCAUUGAGGUGUGUGGCGUACAGAAACAGUGUAGCAGUUUUUUAUUUCCCAGUCAUGCACACCUGGAACACAGAAACUACAAGAGCAGCUGUAUCAGCUCCAAAAGCAAGUUUAGUCUGAUCCUAUUGUUAAUCUGUUGCUGCAGAAUGUAGCUUCAAUGUUUCAUUUCCCACAAAUGAUUUUAGACGGCUGAUUUCUUGAUUCCAAUCUUUUACUCUAAAAUGCGUCAUAAACUUCAGCCCAUCUUUCAUUAAUAUUUUGUAGAAUGUCUUGUAAAAUGUAUGGAUUAAUAAAGCUGUUGUUGACUUUCUAA